GAUCCGUGUUCUGGAGCAGAAGAGUCGCACCACCACUACAUACACUCCAUUCUCGCUCUCGCUUUUGAUCUUUUGAUCUCGCGGCUGCAACAGUAACAGUAACAUCAACUACCGCUUCCACGUAUUCCAACAGCCAUAGACACAAAGUAUCACCACCAGCAGUGCACAGCAAAAUGGUCGGAUCAGGCUUCACCUCCGCGCACCGCUACGGCCAUCAAGGCGACGUCUACUUCAACGACGGCCGCGAGCUACAACUGCUCAACCACAUAUUCAGCCUGCCACCGGCACGGCUCGACGCGCUCCGUGGCAACCCCACGAGCAUCCUGCAAGAGAUCGACCAGUUCGCGACAAAGACGUACCUGAUGAACGUCGGCGAGCUGAAGGGCUCGCACGUCACGUCGCUGAUCGCCGAGGUGGCGCCGCGGGUCUGUGUCGAGCUCGGCGGGUACGUCGGGUACUCGGCGAUCCUGUUUGGCGAUGCCGUCAAGAAAGCUGCCGGAGAGGGUGCGAAGUACUACUGCCUCGAGUAUAACCCCACGUUUGCCGCUGUCAUCAUGGCCUUGAUUGGGCUGGCUGGGUUGGCGAAUGUCGUCAAGGUCGUGAUCGGCCCGUCGACGACGUCGCUGGUGCGUCUGCACGCGGAGGGCGCGCUCGGCGCGGGCAUCGACUUUAUGUUUCUGGACCACCUGAAGCCCUUGUACACGCCGGAUCUGAAGCUGUGCGAGUCGCUCGGGCUGAUCCACGAGGGCACGGUGCUGGCGGCGGACAACAUGGUCAAGCCCGGAAACCCGCCGUACCAUGAGUAUGUCAACCUCAGCGCCAAGGACAAGAUGCUGCUGGCGGAGGGGAAGACUGGGUCCGAGAGGGGUGACCCCGGGCUGGUCUAUGAGAAUCAGUGGAUCGAGAGCUGGGAGCCGCAGGCUGUUAGGGAUGCCCUGGAGAUUUCGAGGUGCAAAAAGGCCGAGCUUUAGUUGGUGGCGUGAAUGAAACAUGAGGGUAUUUGUUCGUAGAC